UUUUGACAGGAACUUUCGAAGCCAGACCGAUAAAGCUGAUCAAGGCAUAUAGACGAGACACACAAGAAGUUGCUGUCAAAAGGUGAGAGUUUGCUGCUAUCUUCUGGUGUUGAUGACGUGCUGAUGGUGGGCCAAUCACGCUUGAGAUCACAUCUCAAGACGGCCAAUCAAGUCUGAGCAUGCCGACUGACAGUGUUAGCAAGUCAAUGAAAGUGAAAGCUAGUGCACGGGGAGCUGGAACACGACAGGAGGAUGGCAACUCUCAGGCCAUCAUGAGUAGAUACGACUCUGACAUUGAUGGACUACUGCCCCCUGGUGUCAAGGGAAGACUGAAUGAUCUCUUCAGAGAAAUUGAAAAAGAGUUCGAAAAUUUGUAUGCAGAAAAUUUAGCCUUGCAGGACCGUGUAGAGGGGCUGACUGAGCGACUUGAGGUCUGUUCUGGCGGUGACAAGCCAGCGUCAGAAAACCAGGACACCACUGACCACCUUGAGGUCAAUAAACCUAAGAGAUCAGCCAGUCAGAUCUCUCAGAAAAUCAAAUCCACGUAUAAAGUAUCAACUAGCAAGAUUGUAUCAAGUUUCCGUAAUCCUUCCCCUAUCUACGCUGUUGCCCGCAACUACCGAGGACAUCGAGAUGGGGUUUGGGAAGUCACUGUUGCCCGAUCAGAUCAACAGCUUAUUGGCACAGCUUCUGCAGAUCACACAGCCCGUGUAUGGUGUAUACACUCAGGGACAUGUCUGCUGCAGUACCAAGGACAUCAGGGUUCUGUCAACUCCAUCCGAUUCCACCCUGCCCAGGAGCUGGUACUGACUGCCUCUGGAGACCAAACCGCCCACAUCUGGGGAGCUCACGUCAACAUCCCCUCUAUAGAGCGAUCCCAUUCAUCAGGUGAAGAUGAACUCGAUGGAUCAGAAAAGGAAGAUUCAGUAGAUGACUUCCUUGAGUCUACACCCGAGGAGAGCUCACUCAGAACUCCCUCCCUGGAACUGACAGGGCACAACGGUGUGGUCGUAUCAGCUGAUUGGAUGGCUGCUGGAGGCCAGGUGAUCACAGCAUCAUGGGAUAGGACGGCUAUCUUGUAUGAUGCUGAAUCUGGAGAGCAGAUUAAUACUCUGACAGGACAUGACCAAGAACUGACAGAAGUACGGGCUCACCCUACACAGAGGAUGGUGGUCACUUCCUCUAAAGACACAACCUUUAGGCUGUGGGACUUCCGUGACCCCAACAUGCUGGUCAAUGUUUUCCAAGGGCAUACACAACCAGUUACCAGUGCAGUGUUUGCAGGAAGUGACAAGGUUGUGUCUGGAAGUGAUGACCGUACUAUCAAGGUCUGGGAUAUAAAAAAUAUGCGGUCCCCAAUUUCAGCCAUCCGAUCUGACUCUUCAGUCAACAGAUUAUCGGUAUCCCAGACACAUAACAUGAUAGCUAUUCCACAUGACAACAGACACAUCCGUCUGUAUGAUAUCCAUGGUAACAGGAUAGGACGAUUGCCACGCAGUAACAGACAGGGUCAUACAAAAAUGGUGACAGCAGUGGCAUGGGCUGAUGAUCAUCCAAUUUGUAACCUGUUCACCUGUGGGUUUGACAGACAGGUGUUUGGCUGGAAUAUCAACAUACACAACAAGGAAUAGACACAUAAUCCUCUCAGAGAGACCCAAACAAUGGAACAUACACAACAUGGAAUAGACAUAAUCCACUCAGAGAGACCAAAACCAUGGAACAUACACAACAAGGGAUAGACACAUAAUCCUCUCAGAGAGACCCAAACAAUGGAACAUACACAACAUGGAAUAGACAUAAUCCACUCAGAGAGACCAAAACCAUGGAACAUACACAACAAGGGAUAGACACAUAAUCCUCUCAGAGAGACCAAAACCAUGGAACAUACACAACAAGGAAUAGACACAUAAUCCACUCAGAGAGACCAAAACCAUGGAACAUACACAACAAGGGAUAGACACAAUCCAACCAGAGAGACCAAAACCAUGGAACAUACACAACAAGGAAUAGACACAAUCCACUCAGAGAGACCAAAACCAUGGAACAUACACAACAAGGGAUAGACACAUAAUCCUCUCAGAGAGACCAAAACCAUGGAACAUACACAACAUGGAAUAGACACAUAAUCCACUCAGAGAGACCAAAACCAUGGAACAUACACAACAAGGAAUAGACACAUAAUCCACUCAGAGAGAACCAUGGAACAUACACAACAAGGAAUAGACACAUAAUCCUCCCAGAGAGACCAAAACCAUGGAACAUACACAACAAGGAAUAGACACAUACUGGUAAUCCUCCCAGAGAGACCCAUGGAACAUACACAACAAGGAAUAGACACAUAAUCCACUCAGAGAGACCAAAGUCAUGGAACAUACACAACAUGGAAUAGACACAUAAUCCUCCCAGAGAGAACCAUGGAACAUACACAACAAGGAAUAGACACAUAAUCCUCCCAGAGAGAACCAUGGAACAUACACAACAAGGAAUAGACACAUAAUCCACUCAGAGAGACCAAAACCAUGGAACAUACACAACAUGGAAUAGACACAUAAUCCACUCAGAGAGACCAAAGUCAUGGAACAUACACAACAAGGAAUAGACACAUAAUCAACUCAGAGAGAACCAUGGAACAUACACAACAAGGGAUAGACACAUAAUCCUCCCAGAGAGACCAAAACCAUGGAACAUACACAAGGAACAGGCAGUCAAUUUUCCCAGAGAGAACGUGACAUUUCUAUACUAAUACAACAUUUACAAACUGUACUUAUAAUACAUAUAGUUUAAUAACAUUUUUAACAUAACAUAGUUAUUUCAAAUCAGUUAGCAUUUUGACAGUUUGAAUCAAAAAUACCUAACUUUUAAAAUUGAGAUUCAUGUCUGUUUGUCUCAUGAGAGACAACUCUGUUGAUGAAUUUUGUGGUACAUGUGAGGUAUUGAAACAUAUAUCCAGAUGUUUAUUGUAAUGUGUUUAAGGUCUGUGAAUUAAGGACGAAUGAUUGGAUCAUGAUUGUUGUUGUGCUGUGAUAUUUGAUGAAGAAAUUGUAACAGGUAUUACUGGUGCUUUUAGGCUCAAUGUCUCUUACUGUAAAAGUUGUUGAUGAUUUAGGCCUGUUAUAAAGCUGGAGAUAAAAACAUAAGCAAUGAUGCUGUAAUUGACCUGAUAGAAUUAUUCUCCCUCUCCUUUAUUUGGAAUAUCCCUUACUUGCAGUAUUAUUUAUCAGCUAUAAUAUACUCAGUUAUUGUCAGAGAUUUCUGUAAUAGAAAAGGUAAAUCUUUAUGGUUUUCCAGAAUUAAUUAAGGAGACUUGAUGUAUGAUAAACAAGUAAACAGGAAGUGUAAAUACAAGGUUAUUUAUAGAUAUAUAGAUUGUUGUUGAUCAUGAUUGUAAUGCUGUUGUGAUAUUGGGGUUUAUACCUCAGUAAGUGAUGUCGAUGUAGUACAAAAAAGGUGGGGCAAGGGAGAUAAGUAUUAUAUCACUGCUACUCUGCCUACAGAAUUUUAAUAAUUACCGGUACUGACAAAUUUUAAUGAUCAGGAGGACACUGAAUGUUUGACACAUUUGGUACCAAGCAUUCCAGAUCUUUUUUUUUUUGCAGUUCAGACCCAUGGUUAGGAAAAUGAUAGAGAAUAUUUGGGAAGUCUUGGUGUCCGAUAUAUCAAUAUAUCAUGGGUCAAGUUGUCUCCCUUCAUUUGUCAUUAAUAGUUCGAUGACUCGUCUCAGUCUUUCACGUGGCCUAAAAGAGAUAUUACUAUACUACUAUACCCUGGUAGUCCUUACAGUUAUAUGAUGGUGUUUCCAAUUUACAGUGCUUUGACUGACUUUCCAGACAUGGUCAAAUACUGGAUAUUAGGGAGACCCCUUGCCCAGCAAAUAGUAGGUUUUUUUUCAUAUAUAAACAAUACAAAUAUUUAUCAAGAUUACAAAACGUAGGGAUUUCUACUAGUUCCAAAAAAUGAAUCAGAGUAAGGAAAUGUUUUCUGUCUAAAGAUGAUCUUCGUGACAAAUACACUUGUGAGAUGUUGCCAUAGAGAUGUCUAUAGGUGCUCAAUGAUAUCUAUGUUUCAGUGAGUGACAGAAUUUUCCUAGUGAUAUAAGGGGUUGAAAGAUAGGUAUUUCUCAGUGUUAUCUAUGUGUAAUGUUGAUGUAAUAUUCACUAGUCAAAAGUAGAUGGUGCUAAUCACAUAAAGAAUUUUAUGUCAUGUACAGGUAAUGCUAGGAAUACUGGUGAGAGAGGGAGUGGAACAAAUCAAGGGUACAAUGAUAGCUACUUAUAGUCUGAAUUAUUCUGGUCUUCUCUCAACAUUCUCAAGGUAAUGAAUGCCAGAUUGAUAUAAAAACUUGAAUGUCAGAAUAAUUUGGAAUAUGUUACUUAGUUCUCAACAGAAAUAAUCUUCUGGACAAGUUUGUCCUGUAUUUUGUCUAGCUUUCAGCGCCUGAAGUUCUUGCCCGUAACAGUGGCCAUACAGGCUUUGUAGAAAUGUCAGUUCAUAUCAGUGUCCUGAAAUAAGCCCAUCCCUCUAGUUGAAAUGCUUAUCGCUGGAUAGCUACAAUAAUAGUAAUAGGGACAGGUCUGUUCACUUGUAGUGAAUGAUAGAAUCCUAUUUUGAUUGUGUGGAUGUUUGAACCUCCCCGUGUAGUACUGUAAUUGUAGGUAUCUGAAACAAUGUCCAGACUUGGCCAAUGGCUGUUAUCGUAAGAACUUAUUUCUGUAAUACAAUAUUAUUGUUUGAUCAUUGUAAUCCAAAGUCUAUAGGAUUAUUGAUAAAUCAGGUGAUGCCAUUUUUGUGAUGGUGUUGGUGUUUCAGAAGUAAAUAUCAUAUACACUGCA